AUGCCUUCGUUCUGCAAUCAAAAUGUGAACGUGGAAUUUCCACCCAUUGGCUUCAUUGGCGCUGUAAAAACGCGAGGCAAGCGUCGCUUCGAUGGGGGCGGCGUGGUCAUCAUUCAUCAGCAGGUCCCUCUGAAGGCGAUCGAGCGGGAGCUCACGUGCCCCAUGUGCAAGGAGCUGUUCGCGACGCCGCUCCUCCUGCCGUGCCACCACAGCGCCUGCCGCGCCUGCAUCAAGGACGCGCUGCUGCUGCUGGGACGCGGAUCCAGCCCAGGGGGGGCUCCGUUCCAGGCGCUGGCCCAGGAAGAGCAGCACGGAUCGCAGCACUCCUCCCCGGGCCUCACGCCCAUCCACAGCCCCCGGGGCCCCAAGUCGCCCGCGCCAGGGCCCUCGCCGUGCAGCCCCGGCUCGGCGGCGUCUCCCGUCGGCCUGGCUGGGCCCCUGCCGCAUGGGGACCACGGAGAGCCCAGCAGGGCCCAGCGGCCCGUGCGUCUGACGAGGGAGCGCUCCUUCUGGAAGUCAGGCUACGCGACGUACCCCGGCCACCGCCGCACCCCGUCGAGCCCGCGCCCGUCCGCCUUCCCGUGCCCCGUGUGCCAGCGCGACGUGGAGCUGGGCGAGCGCGGCCUCGCGUCGCUCUUCCGCAACUUCGCCCUCGAGGGGGUCGUGGAGCGCCACCGGCUGGCGCGGGGGGGCACCAUCCCGUGCCAGGCGUGCCGCCCGGCAGCGCCGUCGCGCGCCGCCACCAAGAGCUGCCUCGACUGCAAGAGCAGCUUCUGCAAGGCGUGCUUCAAGCUGCACCACCCGUGGGGAACGCCGCGGGCGCAGCACGAGUUCGUGGCGCCCACCACCAGCUUCAGGCCCAAGGUGCUGCUGUGUCCCGAGCACGAGGCGGAGCGGGUGACGGUGUACUGCGAGGUGUGUCGCCGGCCCCUCUGCCACCUGUGCAAGCUGGGAGGGGCGCACGGCAACCACAAGAUCUCAUCCAUCACCAACGCCUACCGCACGCUCAAGGACAAACUCUCCAAGAGCAUCGCCUACCUCGUGAGCAAGGAGCCCGAGGUGCGUGCUCGCAUCGAAGACAUCGACGACUGCGUGCGGCAGGUGGAGAAGAGCGGGCGACGGGCGCAGCUCAGCGUGGCGGAGUCCACGACGCUGCUGGGGCGCACCGUGGACGAGCGGCGUCAGGCGCUCGCGCUGGCCGUGAGCGACGGCGUGGAGGGGCGCCUGCGGGCGCUGCGCGAGAGCCUGGCGGAGCACGCGGGCCUCCUCGACGGCCGCGGCCUCGUCGGCUACGCCCAGGAGGUGCUCAAGGAGGCCGACCAGGCGUGCUUCGUGCAGACCGCCAAGCACCUGCACGUGCGGAUCUGCCGAGCGUUGGAGUCUCUCAAGAGCCUGGGUCCGCCCGUGGUGGACACCGCCUUCGGAGGCUUCACCCUCGACGUGUCCCGGGAGGCGGAGAUGCUCGCCAACCUCUCCUUCCGCAGAGUUCCAGACGCGCCGACCCUCGACCCUCGCCGCUGCUUCGUCUACAGCCGCUUGGCGCUGUGCUGGACCCUGCCACAGGGCUGCCCGUCGGUGCGCUCCUACCGCCUCGAGUUCCGCCCGCUGGCGCCGGACGGCUCCGGCGCGGCCGGCGCGGGCAACGGAGUGGCGAACCCUCUUCUCGGCGGUGCCGCCGGCGGCGGCGGCGGCGGCGGCGGCGACGUCGGUUCUGAAAGGCCGGCGGUGUGGGUGGACGGAGGGGAGCUGUUCGCCGACGGGGGCGCCCCCCAGGACGCGGGCCCCGAGGACGCGGGGUCGCGCUCCGUGUCAGCGUCUGCGUCGGCGGCGGUGGCGGCGGCGUUUGAGGAGGGGGCGGCCUACGCAGUGCGGGUGCGCGGCGCCAACGAGGUGGGCGCGGGGGCGUGGAGCGACGAGGUCGUGGUGAGGACGCCGCCUGCGCCAGUCCUCCGCUUCCGCUUCGACGCGGGCUGCGGCUGCAGCCGCGAGCGUCUGAGCAUCAGCAAGGACGGGCUGUGCGCCCGCUCCGUCGCCGGCCUCGCCGCGGUGCUCGCCGCCGAGCGGCCCUCGCCGGCCCCGCCGGCCCCGCCGGCCGUGUGCCUCCCGGUGGACUUCGUGGUGGGCGACGCGCCGCUGGCGGUGCGCGGGCGCGCCUGCUGGGCGCUGCGCGUGCUGCCCGACUCGUUCGUGGUGCGCGUCGGGGUGGUGGCCGAGAGCAAGCUGCACGAGUGGUUCCGCAGCGCCGCCGGCGGUGGCGGCGGCGGCAGCGGCGCUCGCGGGGACGUGCACAGCCCCAGGUACGAGCAGGACAGCGGCCACGACAGCGGCAGCGAGGAGGCUGAGGCGCCCUCCCCCAGUGCGCUGCUCGUGACCGCGGCCGCCGGCAAGCUCCUCCUGCCCCGCGGGCCCCGCGCCGGUGGCGCCUCCGGUUGCUGCCGCGCCGUGGCCCUGCCGGCCGUGCUCGCCGUGGCCGUGGACCGCGAGCGCGGCACGGCCGCCCUGUUCGACGCCUCGGACGGGGCCAUGCGGCUGCUGUGGGAGCGGCCCUUCGACUGCUCGUCACCCGUCUACCCGGCCUUCGGCUUCCUGGGCGGCGGGGCCGUGCGCCUGCACCACGCGGCCUUCCAGCGGCCUUGAGGAGAUACGAAGGCGGCCGUGGUGGGGGUGGGGGGUGGGGGGUGUCUCACAUUGUUACUACUACUGCUACGUACGGCGCUGUCAGAUACUUCAAGAUGAAAGAGGUCAUUAUGGUUAUAAUUGUAUUAUUAAUGCGUAGGCUUUCUCGAACAAUAUUAUUGAUAGUGUAAGUUGUUUUUAGGUGGGGGGGGGGGGGGCGAGUUCGCCCGGUGAGGCUGGUGGUUGUUGUUGUUGUUGUAAUCGCCAGCGACAAGUCACGAUGCUCAAAUUGUAACCGUGGUCGAGGGGUGACUCUCCAAAACAUAACCGGUGUGUGCCGAAGCGAGUAACUGAUUGGCGCGUUUUGUUUACGCGACAAACCUUCACUCGUUGGCUGUGUCGGUUGUCGGUGGGUUCACGACACAUUUUAUAUUUACACAACCUAAACCAAAAGAAAACAACCUUUAAUUAAAAAAAUAAUAGGGUUUUUCCCCCUAUUUUCUGGCAACAAAACUGAAACCUUCUUACAAGGAUCCAUGUCUGCAUUAACCACAAUACCUGCAGUCAAAAUGCAAACAAAAAAAACAUACUAUGAUAAUAUAUGCAUUGUCCUUGAAACUGAUUGGUCCACACGAAACCAACCUUUAUUAUGAAUAUUAUCAUCAUCACCGUCUUUUCAGGAGGCUCCUGCUAAGAUAUUUUGUUGCAAUCUGGAGCGACGAUUGCACUACUGUGUGUGUGUUAUCCUAAUUGAUUACAUUUUAUAAUAAUCAUCAUCAUCAUCACCACGCUUGUUUAACCCAGGAAAAGGCUUUCCAAGUCCCGUGACUCUCUUUUGAAGAGGGUCCUCCCACGUGGCCCAGACGUUGUGUGAGAAUCAUUGAUGAGAUUUGAAGUACAAAAAACAUACAUAAAUAAUGAUUCCUAAUUGUACAACUUAUUUUUUUUUUACCGUGCCAUUCUUAAACAUAUGUAACUGUUAGCUAUGACGCCAACAUAUAUCUAAAGUCUGUGCUGUCCGUUUGCCUGGGUAAAAAGUGCCGGGCGGUGGUGGUUGUGGCGUUGAUGGUGGUGGUGGCUGUGGUGGUGGCUGUGGUGGUGGCAGUGGUGGCGGUGGUGGUAACGGCGGCGUUGGUGGUGGUGGUGGUGGCGGUGGUGGUGGUUGCGCUGCUGCACGUGGGCUGCCUUUAAUCCGGCAGCAUCGUGGAGGAAGCAGCAAGGGUUGGUGGGCGUCGAUUAGGAAGCCCGUACCACAGCACGCGAGAAGUUGGUACACCAAAGUGUGGACUAAUCGCCAUCUGUUGCCAUCUGUACGUGGAAUGGAGCGUUGCACCCUCGCUCACACGCGUGGGGGUUUCUCCGGCUGCUCCGGUUUCCUUCCCACAUGAAUAAUAAACACAACUCGCGUAAUUAAUUGGCUGGAAACAUCUUAAAAGAAAAAUAAAUGCAGCAGGACCCUCCUGAAACAAGAGUCCUAAGACUCCUCCUCGUGGCUUUCCCGUAUAAAUCAUUACCAUUAUUAUUAUUAAAUAAACCAUUACCAUUAUUAUUGUCGGUGGCGGUUGUGCGAUGCCCUUGGCAAAACCCAGCCCAGCCUGGCAGAAAAGCUGCACAAUUUAACGGGGGGGGGGGGGGGUGGCGAUGAUUUACUGCUCACGGAGCAAUGCCAAGCGAGUCAUUGGCGGGGGCGUUUUUACAAUUUGUCAAAUUUGGCAUAAUUCUAAAAAUCACGCUGGCACUACAAUGGCCUAUAUACCCGUACGAAUUACCUCGUGGAACCUUUUGAUGUCUAAUACGAAGCAGACGGUGCGUAGUAUUCGUACAGAUAAACUGUAUACGAAACGAUUUUUUUUAUUUACCAGGUAAGGCCCAGUGAGCUGUGUAUAGCUCUUUUUCAGAAGUAACCUGGCCACCACAAAUGACAGUGCUUAUCAUCAUCAUCACGUGGAAAUUUAUAGCAGUAGCCAAUUACUCUAAACGCGUGAUGUUCAUUCUAAAUGUGGAGGGAAAACCCGGAGGACCCGCAGAAAAAUCCACACGACCACGGGGAGAGAGACAUAAAAGCUCCAAAUAUCCAGGUGUCAGGUUCGGCAUUGAAUCCACGACAUCACGCCACCGUGAGGCUCCAACCACAGCGUUAACCAGGGUGUUCACUGGAGUCGAACUGUACAGCUCUGAAACACAUUUUUUUAUUCGUAGAGCGCCUUGGCUCAGGGCGAUUUGCAUAGCUUAAUAAUCGGUAGCAAAACACUCGACUGGUUUAGAUGGCAGGGGCUGCGCAAGAGGUUGAGGAAUGGGUGACCGUAGCAGAGGGCACGUGGAGGUCACCACAGGGCUACAGGGUAGAGACAGCUGAGGAGUGGAGGGGCGAGGGGAGGGAAGAGGAAGGGAAUGGGGGAUAGAGAAGAGGGGGUGAGGCUUUGAGAGAGGAAUUAAAUGAUGUUAAGGAGGACGACUGAUUCAUGUCCAGGGUCAGUGUUGAGUCUAUGGAGAGUGUUGAGUCUAUGGGCAGAGCUGAGUCUAUGGACAGUGCUGAGUCUAUGGACAGUGCUGAGUCUAUGGAUAGUGCUGAGUGUAUGGACAGUGCUGUGUC